AUGUUGUUAACUCAUACUCUCCUUUUCUCGCUAGCCGCAUUGCUAAGCACUGCCGUGGCGUUCACUGCAUCUGCUAACCUGAAUGUUGCAGUAUAUUGGGGCCAGAACUCAUAUGGCAACCAACAGCGUUUGAGCUACUACUGUGCAUUGGACUCAGUGGACGUUGUCAUCUUGUCUUUUGUCACGUCAUUCCCUUCUUUGUCUUUGAACUUUGCGAAUAUGUGCGGUGAUACUUUCUCCGAUGGUUUGCUUCACUGCUCCACUAUCGGAGAAGAUAUCAAGACCUGCCAGCAAGCAGGCAAGUUGGUUUUGCUUUCGCUUGGUGGUGUAUCUGGAAACUACGGAUUCACCAGCGACACCCAGGCUGAAGACUUUGCAUCGGUGUUGUGGAACAAAUUCGGUGGUGGUUCCGACGAUGAGAGGCCUUUCGAUGAUGCUAUCGUGGAUGGUUUUGACUUCGAUUUGGAGAAUAACAAUUCUGUCGGAACUGUUGCUUUGGGUAAGAAGUUGAGACAGAUUUUUGCAACCGAUUCUUCCAAGACCUAUUACUUGUCUGCUGCUCCUCAAUGCCCAUACCCCGACGCCUCCACCGGAGAAUUAUUGGCUGGUGUGGACGUUGACUUUGCCUUCAUUCAGUUUUACAACAACUACUGUAACCUUGGACCUUCUUUCAAUUGGGACACCUGGAAGGAUUUUGCUCAGAAUACCUCUCCAAACAGUGAUAUUAAGUUGUAUGUGGGAUUGCCAGGUGCUUCUAGCUCUGCUGGUAGUGGAUUUGUUGACUUGAGUACUGUGAAGCAGUACGUGACGUCUUCUGUCUUGAAUGAUCCUAACUUCGGAGGUUUCAUGUUGUGGGAUGCUUCUUCUGGUGUCAGUAACACAAACUCUGCGGGAGUUUCGUUUAUUGACCAGCUUGAGGGUUACCUUGAAGAUGUUGUUGUUUCUUCUACGACUACUACCACUACUACUACUACAGCAAGCACCUCAAGUACUACAACUAGUUCGAGUACUACCUCCACGACUAGUUCCACCACCAGCUCCACAUCUAGCACUAUCUCUAGCUCUUCAACUUCUAGUUCGACUUCUAGUUCAACCACCACGUCGACUACAAGUUCAAGUUCCAGUUCCAGUUCUUCAGUUCCUAGUUCAUCAAGUUCUAGCUCAGCUCCUGCUUCUUCAAGUUUGGCCAUUUCCAAGUCUGUUGCAGCUGAUGUCAGUGAGUCAUCUUCUUCAACCACAACUUCAACUUCAAGCUCCGCUAUUGUCACGUCGUCAACGACCUCGUCUUCCCCUGAGGCAGUCACUUCUACAACCUCAAGCUCUACUUCAUCUAGUGCCCUUGUUCUGGCUCCAUCUUCUUCAGACUUGUUGUCUUCGACAUCCAGUCCCUAUGUCUGGACUCCAUCUACAUCUAAUAUCUUGCCUUCAAGCUCGACUGCAGGUGUCGAUUCUAAUGUUGCUCAAACGUCAGACUCCACUCCAUCUUAUGCACCAACCACAUUCGUCACGAGCUAUGUGACUGGUACCCAAAGCACCAUUACGAUGCGUGGAGUUUCAACUAUCUAUCUGACAGUUUACAACAUCGUGUCUACUAGUUACGUUACGGUGAGAAUUGCAGGACUGCCUACCGUUGUUCCAAGAUUGGUUCCCAGAAUGGCUGAUAACUAA